AUGGAGAAACAAAUAGACACAACAGAGACCCACCAUGUCGAAAGCGGCUACGAAGGCUUGCCGCCUCCCCAGUCAUGGGAUGCAAUCAUCAAUUCUUUUUCUGACAAAGAAGCAAGAGCACUCAAGCGCAAAAUCGACCUGCGACUUGUGGUGACUUUGGGCUGCAUGUAUUGCGUGAGUCUCAUGGACCGCAACAACCUUGGGAACGCUGCAAUUACUGGGAUGAGCGGUGACCUCAACCUGAUCGGCAAUCGGUACAACCUGGUCGUCCUCCUCUUCUUCAUAACCUAUGUUAUCGUCCAGCCAAUCGCAGUGGCCCUGCUACGCAAAAUCGGCCCCCAAAUUUUCCUUCCAACCAUCGUUCUCCUCUGGGGAAUGUUGUUGAUAGGCUUUGGAUUCGUUCACUAUUGGUAUCAACUCUUACCGCUACGAAUUGUCCUUGGCAUGCUAGAGGGCGGCUUCCUACCAGGAUGUGUCUAUCUGAUGUCCACUUGGUAUGUCCGACAUGAGCUUCAGAUUCGAAAUUCGUUGUUCUACGUAUUAGGAAUCAUGGCUUCAGCUUUCUCUGGGAUCCUCUCCUACGGAUUUGCCCAGAUGAAUGGCCUCGGUUCCGGGCCGGCUUGGAUGGGUCUGCACUAUGGGCCGACAAAAGCGAAUCCUCAUGCACCCAAGGGUAUAGAAAAUGGCCUCGCAGGUUGGCGUUGGAUCUUUAUCUGGCAAGGCAUAUUGACAUGCCUGGUAGCUCUUGUUGGCUAUGUUUUCACAGUGGACUUUCCCGAAAACACAAUGAAGCAUCGGCAUUUGGUUCGCUUUCUCAGCCAACGAGAGGUUGACUAUAUGAUCGCAAGAGUCGAAAAAGAUCGUGAAGAUGUUGCUUUGGAGAAAUUCCAACUGAAGGCGUAUCUGAAGAACGCAUUGGAUCUCAAGCUGUGGGGUUUUGGGUUUCUCGCCAUGCUCUCUGUCGGUCCGGCCUAUGCGAUUGCUCUAUUCUUACCUAUUAUUCUGAAGGAAGACAUGGGUUUCAACACUGCCCAGGCGCUCUGCCUGACUGCACCACCUCAGAUUCUAGCCGUCAUUGUGACAAUGGUUUCGGCUCACUACAGCGACAAGUGGAAACUUCGGUUUCCUUUCGUCAUGCUCAAUGGUUCCCUCGCCCUGAUUGGGUGUGGUUUGUUAGGCUGGACCAGGAGCAUCGCUGCACGCUAUUUUGGUGCUUUUCUUGUUGCCAGUGGUGUAAAUGCUAACGUCCCUGCCAACUUGACCUGGCAGGCGAACAACGUCAGAGGGCAGUGGAAACGAGCAUUCGUCUCGGCACUCAAUGUUUCCUUGGCUGGCUGCGGAGGAAUCAUGGGCGGCACCGUCUUUCGUGGCCAAGAUUCACCUGGUUAUUUGCCUGUGAUCAUCACCUGCAUGAUUUGCGGUUGCCUCAUUAUCACUAUUACCAUAGCCAUGACUUUAUACUUCGCGAGAUCCAACAGAAGGGCAGAUGAGGGAAAGAUUGUGAUCGAAGGCUUGGAGGGUUUUAGGUAUACGCUCUGA